AGAUGUAGUAUGGAGGCUUUUGUUACUUUUUUGUGUUUACUCGUGUGCGCCCUCUGUCAAGGCUGUUCGAGUCGGCUUCGGAUUCUCGCACGUCUCCGGUAUUCCUCAUCCUAAAUGGGGUGUUAGCAGCCGUGUAAAGCCGGCUCGUUGAUGACAAUAUAAUAGUUACAUUGAUGUGGAUACAUUUUUGUAGUUUUUUUCAUCGACAUUCCAAGAAAUGUGCAACUAAUUUGUCGAGAAAUUCCAUUUUUUGGUGGAGGUCGUUUGCUGUCAGGGCUGUGAGGGCUGCGGCAGUCACGAACACGUCCGUCUAGCCAGUGAGGGGAACUGUUCGGAUAAACCAUCUGUUAACACUGUCACAGCCUUGUUUUCUUCCCCUGCAAAGAGGAAAACCCUGAUAUUUUAUCUAGCAUAAAAUAUUUCCGUUACAGAAAUGGCAACCGCAUGAUUGGACCAGAGCAGAUUAAAGAUGCGGAGCCGAAGCAAUUCCGGAGUGAGGUUGGAUGCGUUCGCUAGGCUUGUCCAAGAGACAAUCCUGUGCCAUCAGAAUCCAGUGACUGGUCUCCUGCCUGCCAGUGAACAGCAGAAAGAUGCCUGGGUCAGGGACAAUGUUUACAGCAUUCUGGCAGUGUGGGGCCUUGGAAUGGCUUAUCGCAAGAAUGCCGACCGUGAUGAGGACAAGGCCAAGGCCUACGAGCUCGAGCAGAGCGUGGUCAAGCUGAUGCAAGGAUUGCUGCAGUGUAUGAUGAGACAGGUGGCAAAGGUGGAGAAGUUCAAACACACGCAGAGCACCAAGGACUGCCUGCAUGCCAAGUACCACACUCCCACCUGUGCCACUGUGGUAGGGGAUGACCAAUGGGGUCACUUGCAGGUAGACGCCACCUCACUGUACCUGCUGAUGCUGGCGCAGAUGACGGCAUCAGGUCUGCGCAUCAUAUCUAACCUGGAUGAGGUGGCGUUCAUUCAGAACCUGGUGUUCUACAUUGAAGCUGCAUAUAAAGUUGCUGAUUAUGGCAUGUGGGAGAGAGGAGACAAGACUAACCAAGGAAUCCCAGAGCUAAAUGGGAGCUCUGUUGGAAUGGCAAAGGCUGCACUGGAGGCCAUUGAUGAGCUUGAUCUGUUUGGAGCUCAUGGAGGCCCCAAAUCAGUGAUUCAUGUUCUACCAGAUGAAGUGGAGCAUUGCCAGUCUAUCUUGUGCUCUAUGCUGCCUCGAGCCUCAACCUCUAAGGAGAUUGAUGCUGGUCUGCUCUCAGUCAUCUCCUUCCCUGCUUUUGCAGUCGAGGAUGCUGACCUGGUCAACAUCACCAAGAGCGAGAUCAUCUCUAAACUGCAGGGACGUUAUGGGUGCUGCCGGUUUAUCAGAGAUGGGUACAGGACCCCGAAAGAGGACCCUUCUCGGCUUCAUUAUGACCCAGCAGAAUUGAAACUGUUUGAGAAUAUUGAAUGUGAAUGGCCAGUGUUUUGGACUUACCUUAUACUGGAUGGCAUUUUCAAUGGGGAUCCUGUACAGGUGCAGGAAUACAGGGAGGCUCUGGAGGGCAUCUUGAUCCGAGGCAAGCAUGGCAUCAAACUAGUGCCUGAACUUUAUGCCGUACCGGCUGACAAGGUUGAAGAUGAGUACAGGAAUCCCCACAGUGUGGAACGGGUGGCCACAGGCCAGCUCCCUCACAUGUGGGGACAGUCUCUUUACAUUCUGGGAAGCCUGCUAGCAGAGGGAUUUCUUGCACCUGGCGAGAUAGAUCCUCUAAAUAGAAGAUUCUCCACAGGGUUCAAACCAGAUGUUGUAGUCCAAGUGAGUGUAGUAGCAGAGUCAAAAGAGAUCCAGGGGCUGCUGAGGGAUUAUGGGGUAGAUGUCCAGACUGUAUCAGAAGUUCUGCCCAUCCGUGUCAUGCCGGCUCGUAUCUUGAGUCACAUCUACGUCAAGCUGGGAAACUGCAAGAAGCUGAAUUUGACUGGACGGCCAUACCGGCAUAUUGGUGUUUUAGGGACCUCCAAGUUCUAUGAGAUCAGAAAUCGUACCUACACCUUUACCCCACAGUUCAUUGAUCAGCAUCAUUUCUACCUGGCCCUGGAUAAUCAAAUGAUUGUGGAGAUGCUGAGGACUGAGCUGGCUUACCUCUCUUCCUGUUGGCGGAUGACUGGCAGACCCACACUCACUUUUCCUAUCACACGAAGCAUGCUGGUGGACGAUGGUGAAAGCAUUGACCCUUGCAUCCUGUCCACCCUACGAAAGCUUCAGGAUGGCUAUUUUGGUGGAGCAAGAGUGCAGAUGGCGAACCUGUCCACUUUCCUCACCACCUCCUUCCACACCCAGCUCAGCUUCAUGGACGCUGACCCUGAUGAGAACCUUUUGGAUGAGGAGGAUGAUGAUGAUGAUGAUGAUGAUGAAGAUGAAGACAAUGAAGAGACAGAACAUGUUUUUUCCCCCUCUGAUUCAAAAGGCAUAGAAGAUUCAAAAGAUGUGCUUGAUGAGUACCUUACACAGCUCCUGCAGAGUACAGCCACAAAGUCACAUCUCCCUCCCAUUCAGAGGGGACAGCACCAUGUUUUCAGUGCUGAACACACCACCAGGGACAUCCUGACUCUUAUGGCUCAGGUUCAGGGCCUCAACAUGCCUAAGCCAUCUAUGUACUUACCUGUGACUCCCAUCAUGAACAAGCACAGGAAGUCCCUGAACCUGCUGGAGGUCCCACACCCUCAACACCAAGGUCCUCACCAACACAAGACUUCUAGUGUUGACCUUCACUUGCCCCGUGAUGCGCAUGGAAACACAGACUUCGCUGCUCUGGUCAGUCAGCUGAAGGAAUGCCCAACAUUACAGGACCAAGCUGACAUCCUCUAUAUUCUCUAUGCAAUGAAGGGUGCAGACUGGGUAGUGAGUAUAUCUGAGCAGUGUGGAGCCACAGUGCGCUCUUUGCUAGGAGAGCUCUACAUUAAGGCCGGAGCGAGUCAAGAAUGGGGACUCAUUCGUUACAUCUCAGGCAUUCUGAAGAAGAGGGUAGAGGUCUUGGCUGAGGCUUGCACUGAUCUGAUCUCCCAUCAUAAGCAGCUGACAGUGGGUCUUCCUCCAGAGCCUAGAGAGAAAGUCAUUACAGCUCCUCUCCCACCUGAAGAGCUGAAUAAUUUGAUAUAUGAGGCCAGUGGCCAGGAUAUUAGCAUUGCUGUACUUACACAGGAGAUCAUGGUGUAUCUGGCCAUGUAUGUGCGUUCUCAGCCGGCACUGUUUGGAGACAUGUUGCGUCUGCGAAUAGGCCUCAUUAUGCAGGUGAUGGCUACCGAACUGGCCCGAAGUCUACACUGCUCAGGUGAGGAGGCAUCAGAGGGGCUGAUGAACCUCAGUCCGUCUGACAUGAAGAAUCUACUGCAUCAUAUUCUAAGUGGGAAAGAGUUUGGAGUGGAAAAGAGCAUGCGGCCACUUGAGUCCACAGCUACCAGCCCAGCUAUCUCCAUCCAUGAGCUUGGACAUACAGGGGCUACCAAAACAGAACGUACAGGCAUCAGGAAACUGAAGAGUGAAAUCAAACAGAUCUUUACUGGCAGUCAUUCCAUCAGCAGCAAUGUCACAUCCCCCCGCUCCACGAGGUGCAGCAGCCCUUCCACCCCCAGUGGCAUCCUCUCUCCAACAGGUACAGGUGACUCACGGCUACAGUGGGAGGAGAGGCAGGGUCAGUGGCUGAGGAGACGCAGACUGGAUGGGGCCAUCAACAGAGUGCCCAUGGGCUUCUACCAAAAGGUCUGGAAGAUUCUGCAGAAGUGCCAUGGCCUGUCUAUUGCUGGAUAUGUACUGCCCUCCUCUACUACUCGAGAGAUGACAGAAGGGGAGAUUAAGUUUGCUGUCCAUGUGGAGUCUGUACUGAACCAUGUUCCUCAGCCGGAGUACAGACAGCUGUUGGUGGAGGCCGUCAUGGUGCUUACCCUGGUGGCUGAUAUGGAGAUAUCCAGCAUUGGAGGAAUCAUUCAAAUCGACCGUAUAGUUCACAUGGCAAAUGAUCUUUUUCUGCAGGAUCAGAAGUCCAGUGGGGCCAAUGAGUUUUUCCUGGAGAAGGACCCAGCAACAGGAAUUUGCAACUUCUUCUAUGAUAGUGCUCCCAGUGGCAGCUAUGGCACUAUGACCUAUCUAUCAAAGGCCGUGAUUACAUAUGUUCAGGACUUCCUCCCUAACACCAGCUGUCUGAUGCAGUAAGGAAAGCAGCUCAAGGAAUGUGAUGGCUUUACCACUGACCAUGGACCCGUUUCGUUAAUGGUAGCCUCAACUUCCACACAGUUAUGCUGCACAGUAAACCUGGUGUCCUGUCAGCUGCAGAGGGCAGACUGUACCAACAGCAAGGAUGUGGUUUGAACUCUGAAUAUUCCAAAUUACAAAGAAAGUGAAUCACUGGAUUUGGACCACUGUAUAACACAUACUGGUAACUGCUAACUGAUUUUACUAAAUAGCAUGUGAGAUUCUAUUAUAGAAAUUAUAUUAUAUUUAUUUUAGAUGGUCUGCCUAAGUGAAUUAAUCUGUUAUUUUAAUAUUUAAUAAUUUAUAAUUUUAUUCAAAUAAUUCUAAGUUUGUCCAAAUAAUCAUAAUAUAUUAUCAAAUAUAUGCAGAAUGUUUAGCUACUAAUAACAAAGAUAAUAUUAGGAAAAAAAUAUAUCCCAUUAUUUCCAUACUCUUUUGUGGGCUUAUUAUGAAUGUAGGUAAUUUUUGUUUUAGCUCAAUGAAACACUGUAAAUGUAAAACUGAAUCAUAAGUUUGCUUUGUGUGAGCCUGUUACUUUGUGAAGUAAUACACCAACGGUAAUAGUAUGAAUGGUACAAAAUGUUUUAAAUACACACUGUAGUUGAAGCAUGUUUACAGACAAAUCUAAAACCAGCUAUGAACAUGUACUGUAACACACUUACUUUGAGCAUUUCUUAAAUAUUAAGAGAUUUUGAGGGGAACAAAACAAAUGUAUGUGGAACAAUAUGUUUUUUUUUUUCUCCAGCAGACAACAUGAACAUCCUAGCUCUAAAUCUGUAGGGCAGGAAGGGAAACAGUUUGUUGUUUUUCAUUUUUAUUUUACAUUUAUCUACAUUAUACUUGAACUUUCUGAGAGAGUGGUGGUGCUCUAACCAGUGCCUGCAGGGCCUGCGUGGAGAAGCAGCAUCAGGGUGAGAGCACUGAUCUAUGAUCAGUUUUCCUCUUGGCUAGAAAACAAAACAGCUCCUUCUCUGAAAAUAGCACUCCUACUGUGAAAUGCUUUAAAAACAAUGCCACAGUUCUGGGAAUAGACAAUGCUGCAAUACUUCAAUUUCUUUUGGUACUUUCGGUUCUUUGAUCUAAUCUAGUAAUAUUUAACUACAUUAAACUGAUAGUGUUCAAGGUUCUUCAAAAACCUGACUUUGUUUAUCCUUAUGUUUUUUGUGAGUCAGUGGCUUAAUAAAUCAAGCAUGUUUGGCAGUA